AGUGAGGAAGUGUGUGGCCAUAGUUACCAUGUUUUUUGUGCUGAGCAAGAGAAAUAUAUAACGGUGAUUAUUGGGAUUUCUCACUCGGCAACAAGAUUCUACCCUUCAUUGCAGCUGUGGUUGGCAGGUGACCGAGGAACAGUUACAGAAAUCAAGGCAAGAUGUGGGAUGACAGGUGUUGGGAUGAAUGCCAUAGAGACGGCAUCCCUGAGUGGCUCAGAGCCUGGCGAAGACUUCAAGGAGCAGCUGAGACAGCAUGUUGCUGCCAGCUUUCCCAGAGUGCCCUCAUAUUCCAGAGCAGGAGUGUUAUCAGCAUCAUCAUCAACAGCAUCCAUGCCAAUGUGCCGCAUAUGCCAUCAUCCGCAAGGAGAAGGGUUAGAUUUGCUCAUUUCUCCAUGUAGAUGUGCAGGAACCAUGCAGUUCAUCCACCAAGGCUGCCUUAAUAAAUGGUUAGAAGUGAAACGAUCCAAAAAAGCUCCAGCUUGUGAAUUGUGCAAUUAUCAGUUUCACCGACACAAAAAAUUUCGACUAAAUCAUUGGCAACUUCCCACCUGUUCCCGAGCUGACAAGAUCCUACAUUCUAUCUUCUUAGUGUGUCUCAUUAUCAUGGCUGCUUGUGCUACAAUCACAAUCAUCUGUUUUAAACAUGAUCGAAUUCUCCCAAAGAAGACAGAUGACGCGGAACUAACAAAGUCUGAAGUCAUCACAUUAACAUGUGGCGUGCUUUUCUUUGUUGCCUUUUUUGUUGCCAUGUAUGUUGAAGUGAAAGCAAGAAAUACACUGUAUAGGCUAUUUACACGUUUCAUAUAUCUAAACCAAACGUGGCACAUAGCGGAAUAUGAUAGACGAAAAGAUUCACAGUUUGGUCACGCUCCAGUUUAACCCAACAGUGUGUGAGUUGUUAAAUAUUUUUGAUGGACUUGUUACAUGACAUUUUAGUGUUUUGUAGGUGAACAAAAGAAACCGGUUCUUUGGUUAUUUCUAUGAUGUAUUGAUGCUUUUUUACACAUAAUCUGUAUUGUGCGUUUCAUACUAUUUGUAAUUAAAAAAUACCAUUGAUA